CUCUCUGUCUGUGUCUCUCUCUGUAAGUCUGUAUGUGCAAAUUUUGUGUUAUUGUUCAGCGAUCGAAGGCUUAUUUCUCUCGAAGAACAUCUCGGUGUUGAUUAAUUUGAGUUGAACAGAAGUCCAUCCGUUUGAUUUUGAAAAAACAAAAACCCAAAAAGAAAGAGAAAAAUGCGUGCGAUUAGAGAGAAAGACUGUUCAUAGUCAUUAUUGUUCCUCUUUAAAUCAUAGAUCCCAAUCCCUUCUUUUCAUCGCUUUAUUAUUUUCUUUUUCCUCCUUUUCUCAAUCCCCUUUGUUUUUCUUUAACUGCUACUACUGCUAUUAUAUUUGUUAUUGCUAUGCGUUGGUGUUCCCCAAAUAUCACUUUCCUCUAGCUCUUAGUUUCAAACAUUGAGGGAAAUUUUGUUGUUUUCAAAGGUUUUUUUUGUAUGGUGGUCAGAGGGAGGAGGUCGUCGUCGUCGUCGGUGGUGGGCUUCUUGUUGCUGAUUGAAUGGGAAAAAGGGGGUUGUAGAUUGAAUAGGGAAAAUGGGUUUGGAUCCUGUGUUUUCGUUUUUAUCUUGUGUUUCUUUCUAAUUGGAGGGCACAAAGACCUGGUUUAUGCCAAAUCCUUAUAGAAGUUAUUCUCUUCCUCCAACUACAGGUAAUAGCAAAUCUCACUUAAUCUCUUUGUUUGGUUGCAUAGAAAAUGGACGAAAAGAAUUGAAAGUUGCGAAACUUUUACUUCCGGCCAAUUCAACCUUAAUGUAAAAUUUCAACUUUUCUCAUUCUUUCUUGCCAUUUCUCUGCAGCCGAAUGGAUCUUAAACUUUUAUUAGCUUGAAUUCAUUCCAUUCUUGUUUGGUCCAUUGAGAGUAUAGGAAUAUGCAUCAGAAUCUGAUAUUAUUAGUUUUAUAGAAUUCAAGAAAUAAUGUAUUUAGUACUUUUUGGGAAAAUUACUGUAAUUCUUGCUGUUGUUUAUAUUAACAGCAUGAGGAUUUUAUGUCGUGCUUGCCUUUGUAUAUGUUUCCAAAUGGAACUUUAUGGUAAUCUUGUUCAAUUUUCUUUUCUUUCUUUUUUUGGCGCAGAAAUGUGUUUGUUCAAAUGCUUGAUAGAGUUUAAGCUUGUCCGCUCUUGUUGCUGCCUUGAAUUCUGAUUUUUUUUUUUUUUUAGUUUUGUGUUGUAUCUGCGUAUUCAUUUUAUUGGGCCACUGAAUUAUUUUUGUUUCGGAUUGGUUAGAAUUUGACAGUGAGAGAGGAUAGUUAGGAUGAUAGAAGGUGGUCGCAUCCGGCUUAACCGGUGGCAGCAGGCAGCUGUUGCAGUGGGUUCGGCAGUUGGUGCAUUGCUAAACCCGCGAAGAGCUGAUCUGAUAGCAGCCCUUGGGGAGACGACUGGGAAGCCUGCUUUUGAAAGAGUUCUUGAAAGGAUGAAGAGGAGCCCAGAAGGCAGAGCAGUUUUGUUGGAGCGACCACGUGUGGUAUCUGCAGAAGUGGGGCAUGUAAGGGACCUACCACCAAACACAUUUGGUGCUGCCUAUGCAAACUUCAUGGCAUCCAGGAAUUUUUCUCCAGAUGACAGACCGCCAGUGCGGUUCAUGGACACGGAAGAACUGGCAUAUGUGGCCAUGCGGGCUCGGGAGGUGCAUGACUUCUGGCACACCCUAUUUGGUCUGCCCACCAACUUAAUUGGCGAGUCAGCACUCAAGGUGAUCGAGUUUGAGCAAAUGCACCUUCCCAUGUGCCUGCUCUCUGUUAUAGGGGGCACCGCAAGAUUCAGUGAAAGGCAAAGGAGUUUGUUCUUUCAGCACUACUUCCCAUGGGCCAUCCGGGCUGGCAUGCAGUCCACAGAUCUCAUGUGUGUAUACUAUGAACGGAACUUUCAUGAGGAUUUGGAGGAUGUUCGGAGGAAAUGGGGGAUAGUUCCUGCUCCUGUUCCUCCUAAACAAAAUUUUACCUGAGCACAAAGGCGGAACGUGAAUUUUAAGUGGGGGUUUGUUACCGGUGCAAAGGGUGGUUCCAUCCCUGCAUAAGCAGCAGCAGCAGCGGCUACACACGUAGUUUGGGUAGACACUAGGCAGAUGCCAUGCUGGAUAUUUGAAGUUUUAUUGUUGUAGUGCUUGAGAACUUGUGUCAACAAAAAGUGGUGGAAAAUCACAUGAAGCAAUGAACUUAUGAUCUGCGUCUUUGAUUAGUACGUGACACAUGUCCCGACUUAUUUCCAACUGUCCUAAUAACAGGCUAAUCAGCUGCCACAACAAUUUGUGUCA